AUGCGAGGCAAAAUAAUACAGAAGCCCAAUGGCAUGGCCCAGUGCUUAGGGUACAUGAAACCACUCGAUAACGGAAAGAAACGACAGUUUGACGACGUCACGAGAAGAGCAAUUGCUGGGAUAUGUGUCAGUCCUGGGAGGGAGAGGGUCUCCCUAGAAGAGUUCAUUAAAAGCAUCCCUGACGAGAAGAUUAUGGGAUUCACGGAUGGCGAGCACGGCUUAUACAAGGAUGUGAAUCACCACCUGAACCAUCAAGGUGGGCACCUCGACUGGCGCGUUAUGCGCCUCCUCUCCCAUCUCUCGUUUAGUGUGACGCUGGAUGACUACUACCAUAACGCCGAUGAUGAGGCCGAUACCAUGGCCGCAGCAAUUGCGAAGAGUGUGGACCAGCGCGGCGAGCCGCACGAGCACCACGACCAGCAGGGCGGUGCCCUUUCUGUUGUCGUCGGACCUCCUGCUGCUCGCCCUGCUGCGCCUGCGAUGUUCUGCUAUCGGCACCCACGCACCGCGCAACGGGGAUGCUUCCUCCCUGCUCGGGAUACUACUGACCGCGGUUUCUCCGACUACUGGUGGCGGACCACCGAGGCACGCAGACAAGCCACCUGCCCAAUGAAUUGA